AUGAACUUGCAAGAUCACUCUAGAAAUGACAAAGAACAACCACCAUGCGAAGAGGAAAAUGAAAAGACAAAUGAGGACCAUGAGUAUGAUACUUUUGGGACAGGACAAUAUGCGGAUUUGAGUGAGGAAGACCAUGAGUACAGCAUGGAUGAAGAAGAUUUGGGAGUUGAUGAGAGAGCCGAGAAUUAUGAUUUCAAACCGCAUAGUAGUUCUUCUGAUGAAGACACUGAAGUAGAAGAUGAAGAACCUACAAAUGUUCAUAAGAGGAAGAAAAAGUAUGUAAGAACGAAGCUGCAAAAAUUUUUUGAGUUUAGGCCAGAAGUUGACAUGGCCAAUCCAAUAUUCAAACCAGGUUUAUCAUUUGCUUCAGGGGCACAUUUCAAAAAAGCAGUGAGGGAGUAUGCCAUUCAACAGGGUAAGGAUGUUUACUUUGAGAAAAAUGACUCUAAUACGUGCCCGAGAACCAAUAAAAAUAGAUUUGCAAGUUCAAAAUGGCUUGCUGAAAAGGACCUGGAUCGAUUCAAGAUGCAUGAUAAGUGGGUUGUCUCGGCCUUCCAACAAAGUGUUGGCAGAGAGAAGAUCCUCGUUAUCUCAAGAGAUAAGGCAUAUAAAGCUUGGAUGUUUGCAACAAAAGAGAUAGAAGGGACUUAUCAAGAACAAUACAAUGCCCUUUGGGAUUACGCUGAGGAGAUCAAGCACACCAACAAGGACUCAACUAUAAAAAUUCUCACUGAAGCAACUGAAGAUGGUCAAUUGUUGACUACAGUUGCCAUAGUUCCAAACAACCAGAUGUAUCCAGUUGCUUUCGCUGUAGUGGAGAUAGAAAACAAAGACUCUUGGAGUUGGUUUGUGAAUUUGUUGAAGGGAGAUUUGAAGAUUGAGAAUUCUCUUCACUGGAGCUUUAUUACAGACAAACAAAAGGGGUUAGAACAGGCAUUAAAGGGUAUGUGGGAAGAUGGGAUACCCGAAGCUGAGCACAGACAUUGUGCUAGGCACUUGGAAAAAAAUUUCAUCAAGGUGUUUAGGGAUAAAACACUGAAAAAACCCUAA